AUGGCCAAAGCCUGCGAGCCUUGCCACAUACGAAAGAUUAAAUGCGAUCUGCCGUUAUCACGGGAUCGGCGGAGUGUUCGGUGUUCAUUCUGUGAAAACGCCGGGCUCGAGUGCCGACCGCAUGUCAGGAAGAGAAGGACAGUCGUCGGGCCCAAUGAGACAAGAAGAGCCACAAUCGACUCCACCAGACUGGCGACGAGAGAUGGCGUUGCCAGCCCCAGUUCCAGGCCAAGCCCUCGAGACCCAGGCGCCGCAACAGCACAGCAGGAGACACCGACUUCCAUGACUGCCGCUCCUCCUCAAGCGACCUCGAACCCCAUCCAGAUUGCUACUGCUUCGCCGCCAAGCUCCCAACCUAGCUUUCUCGGUCGGGCAACCUACAUGACCAGCGGUGACUUGGUCAUUGACGAGGAUGACGCUACAAAGUACGAAUCAAACGGGACUGGAACGUCGCUAGUUGCCAAGGAAUACCAGCAGUGUCAGGUGCUCCGCAGUUCCUCCGUCAUCAGCUCUCUGCAACAGUCUAUGAUAUCCAGCUUGGUGCAAAGCUUCAUGGACAAGGGCAGGCCGUGGAUGCCUAUAGUUGAUCAAACAGACCUGGAACCCACGAUAUCUCAGCCUCACCUUUCUCUCUUUUUGACUUCUGUGCUAGUCGCUGGUAGUAAGUUGUCCACAUCGCCCCAUGCAUUGGAGUGGGGUGAGAAGUGCUACUUGCACGCAAAAACGCUCUUCUUUUACGGACCCGGCCAGAAUCCAUUGCAGUCAGUGAUAGCGACAGUUCUCCUUCAAUGGUGGAACUCAGCAGGGCCAGAGCACGUGUCGCUCGAUAGUAGCACUAUAUGGCUGAAGUUGGCGGUUGGGCUGGCGCAUCAGAUGGGCCUCCAUCGAGAGUCGGACCCCAGCUUGCCCGACGCUCGCCUUCGUCGGCGAUUAUGGUGGACGAUAGUGAAUAGAGAUAACCAAAUCGCCACAAGUCACGGCCGUCCCCGAGUGCUCGACCCUAGAGACUCAAACGUGAAACAUUUACACCUUGGUGAUUUCCCCAAUCUAGACCAGGUCGACUCGCUGCGCUUCAUCUUCUUUGUACGGAUUAACUCGAUCCUCGGAGACAUGGUAUCCCACUACCGACGCGGCAGCCUCUCAGAAAGACGUCGUAUGGAUACUGAGGAAGCUCUGCUGAGAUGGCUUAAAGAACUGCCUCCAUCCCUUCAUCUUCAUGACCAGACAUCAAGAGCUCUCAGGUCUUACCAGUUCAAGUCGCGGCAGCUCCACAUCCCCUUCUUCAUCGCUGUAGUUAUACUCUAUCGCCCCGAGGCGCAAAGCUCGCAGACAACUUCUUCUCUCGCGAGCUUGAUAGCCGCCUCGUUCGUAACGCGCAUAUUUAGUGAAUUUAUUGAUUGGGGCGAUAUCUCUUUCCUAGCGCCGCCCUUUAUAUUCUACCUGCUUGUAGCCGGAUUAAAUCAGGUCUCGUCACAUCGCCAUCCCGACUUGUCACAACACGCCGACCAGGAAAUUCAGACCGUUCGUGACGCCCUCAAUGAGUUGAAGAAGCGGUUUCCUACAGCCGUCGGCGCCGAGCGUGUCUUUGAAAACAUUCUCUGCAAAGCACGCGCCCUCCAACCUUGUUCGCAGCCGUCGCCGCCAAAGCCCCUCUCCCCUACGCAACAAGAGCUGUUGGCAUAUUUUGGGCCCGAUCUUUGUCCACUGUGGCCGUCGUUCCUGAGCGAAUCUGUUGAUCCGGUGUCUCUGCUCCUGAACAUACCAUCAGCGGAUAGGACCCAUUUCUCGGCCCAGCAAAAUCUUUCCACUAAUAACACCGUCAACGCGCCGGGCGAGGUUGACGUUUUGGGCCAGAUUCACAAUGGGGACGUACAUGCUGUCCAGAGCUUUACCGGCAUGCCCGUUUCCGAGCCGGUGGGAGACUUUGAUUUCGGCAGGCUGGAUCUCUUAUGGUCAGAUUGGUUAGAUUCAACCACUACAUAA